CAAACCUAUACCUAUAUUAUGUAUUUGAUUAGAUAUACCUACUGAAGUGGAUUAUUUACUACAGCUUAAAUCAGUGUUUCUUAAAUUCUGAUUUCAGGUGUUUGUGGUUACAGUUCCUAAAAUGAUUUCUUUGGCAUCACGGAUUGCUAUUUUCUCAGUAAUUCUUGCCAACACCCAUGCAGCAUUACUGAAAGACUCCUCAGGAAGAGUUCAUUUAGAAUACGAUGUAGUAGAUGAUGGACUGGACAUUAUUUUAAAAAGAGAUAACGAAAUUAAAGUAACAGGAAAACUACUGAAAGGAAAAAACUUAAAACAUCUGACAUGCUUAGGACAAGAAUCCUGUUCCUUGAAUGACGUAGAACAUUUUUCAAUUAAAGCUUUGGAAAACGGAUUUAACAUUUCCUGGGUAUCGAAAGAUCCCUUAAGGGUUGCUGAGAACUGUUUUCAGUUGAAUUCCAAUACAACAAAUUGGUAUGGAGGUCCAGAGAGGUACAACCAAUCAUGGCCCUUGGAAAAAAUGCAAAUAUCUAACGAGGAACCUUACAUUAUAAAAAAAACCGACAAUUUUGCAGUUGCUGAAAGAUACUGGUUAAGUUCCCAAGGAUUUUUUAUAUAUCUCGACGAGAAGGUUCCACUAUGGGUUGAUCAGAACCAUAAUUAUGAUGACACAGUUUGUUUUAAAGCCGAAGCAGUUGACCCAUAUGUUAAUAGAAAUGAGUCUGUUUUGUCAUAUGCUGUGAUGGUAUAUGACAAUGCCAAAGAAGCACAUUUGAAGGCAGUGAACAAUUAUUUAGGGAAGCCCACUGGUCAUCCAAAUGACAAAAUGAUUGCUGAACCAAUAUGGACGACAUGGGCUAAAUACAAGAAGCCUAUUACUGACGCGAUUGUUCUGACAUUUGCUCAGGAUAUCAGAAAUCAUGGAUAUGAUGGAGGUCAAUUGGAAAUAGAUGACGAUUGGGAAGUAUGCUACGGAGCUCAAACGUUCAAACACGACAUGUUUGGCAACAUUAGCAACACUGUAAAAUCCUUAAAAGACGACAAUUGGAGGGUUACACUCUGGGUACAUCCUUUUGUAGACGACACUUGCCAGAACAAUUCGAAUUAUGGAAAAGAACACGAUUAUUUUGCCAAAAAUAUAUCUGGACAGACCCUGGCAAUAUGGUGGAAUAGUGACAACUCGCAUCAAAUCGACUUCACCAAUUCCGAAGCAGCCCAGUGGUGGGUGGACAGAGUGAAAAAAUUGCAGGAGAAUCCAGGGAUUGACAGUUUCAAGUUUGACGCGGGAGAGUCUAAUUUUGUCAAUCAGCCCCCCGACUUUAAAGAUGUGUACCUUGCUCCGAAUAUUCUUACAACAAAGUACAUCGAAACUUGUAAUCAGUUCGGGUCCUUGAUUGAAGUCAGAUCGGCUUACAGGACCCAAAAGCAUCCACACUUCGUCAGAAUGCAGGACAAGGACUCAACCUGGGGUUUGGAUAAUGGACUGGCCAGUCUGAUCACAACUUUGUUACAAAUGAACAUGAACGGCUAUGGAAUGGUAUUGCCCGACAUGAUUGGUGGCAAUGGAUAUAAUGGAAAUGUACCAACAGGAGAACUUAUCGUAAGAUGGACACAAGCCAACGCUUUCAUGCCUUCCAUGCAGUUCAGUUACCUACCGUGGGACUAUGAUACACAAGUUGAUUUUGAUAUUGAAGGCAUUGUGAAGGAAUACGUCCAAAUGCAUGCUGAAUAUUCUCCAAGAAUUAUAGCAGCAAUGAACCAAAGUAUCGAGAAUGGUACUCCAGUAAAUCCUCCAAUCUGGUGGCUGGAUCCCACUGAUCAAGUUGCCUUAGGAAUAUCUGACGAGUAUCUUCUUGGAGAGGAAAUAUUAGUAGCUCCAGUGAUUGAAGAAGGAGCAAUUUCAAGAGAUGUAUAUUUACCUACAGGGCAGUGGAAGGAUGGUAACACUGGAACAGUUAUUCAAGGACCUACGACUUUGAAGAAUUACAGUGCACCCAUUAAAGUAUUACCGUGGUUUAUUAAAGUUUGAAAUUUUUGUUAGUUAAGUUAUAUAAUAAUUUGUAAAUAAAGUGUUAUUUUUUUGAAUUAGAUAA